GAAUGUAUUUGGUUUAAAAGUCUUACAAAAGUAAUUUCAAAUAGUUUAUGAUGGAUAGUGGUCGAAUGUGGGGGCCAGGGACCUCAAAUGACGUCAUGGGGAUGUUAUCACCCCACACUGGUGGGAAACCAAAAGAUAGUGCAGAGUUACAAAAGCUACUACUGGACGAACGUAUGCGAUGUGAAACUCAUAAGAUGAAUUACGAGACUCUGAAAGAACAACAUUCGAGGUUACGAACCGAAUACGCACAAAUGGAAGAACAAGUUCAUCAAAUCACACAGAAUGGUUCGCAGUCUUCCAACCAACUACAAGAAUUGAUCAACUCACUUCAGAAACAACUGGCAGCAACAAAACGAGAGCUUGAAGAAGUUCGGUCCCAAACCCUCCACCCUCACAAACUUGAAUUAAUGAAAGCAGAAAUAACAAAAGAAUUGGAAGAACCUCUUCGUGCACAUAUGGUGGCCAUGGAUAAGGAGGUAGAGAAAUACCGUGAGGAUUACAACAAGAUAAGAUACGAACAUACUUUCCUUAAGGCUGAGUAUGAACACAUGAAGAAUGAACAUCAAAGAAACAUUGAAGAAGUUAUACUCAGACACAAAGCAGAAGUGUCCGCCCUCGCACAUGAACGAGAUACUUUGUUGAAUAACCAGAAAUCAACGACCGACGUUGAUUCGCAGAAACUACUUCAACUUCAACGGCAGAAAGUCCAACUUGAACAGCGAAUAAAGAACCUCCUUGAUGAACUGACUGAGGUUCGAAAACAGAAGGAACACGCGUCUAAUGAAGCAGACCUUGUUCAACGCUCACAAUCUAAAGAUAUAACUCAACUUAAUGUUCAAUUGAAAGCUAUAGAGAGCGAGAAACGGUCAUGUGACUUACAAUGCGAGAGGUUACAGAAAGAGUUACGCGACAGUGGUGACCAAAUCAACCGGUUCACAACCCAGCUAACUGAGAAGAAUAAGGAAUGUGCAUCACUGAAAAACAUGUUCGAUGAGGAGACUCAUCGUCACAAGGUGGCGCUCACCAGUCACAAGAUGGAGCUGUUGAAACUACAAGGAAGUUUGGAACGAGAGCGAGAUGGCUUGGUUACCAAAGUACAAGAAUUGGAAUCGGAGCUUGACCUUGCACGUGGGGCAAUCGAUCGUCACCAGAGGGAGCUAGAGGAGGCCGAGCGAGAAGCGCUCAUCCGUGUCCAGCAGGUCCAGGAAGAGGAGUGGGGUAAAACGAACGAGAUGCAGGGUGAGAAGAUGGGGUUAGAGGGGAAGUGUAAAGAACUGGGUCAAAGGUUAUCAGAGGAGAGGUUACAAAGGUCAAAUGAGCGGGAGCAACAUGAGGAGCAAAUGAGGAGAAGGGAGGAGGAGGAGGGGAGAGUGAAGAUGGAGCUGGCGGAGUUAAAAAUCCACCUAGAACACGAAACGAAGACGGUUCGUCAACUCGAGCGUGACAGAGACGAGUGCGCCACCUUGAGGAUAAAACUACACGAACGAGAGAAAGAAAUCCAAGAGUUGACUCUUGCUCGCCACCAAGUGGUGGAAGAGUCGCAACGAGCGAACGAGACGAUCCGAACAUCGAAAGUUGAUUUGGAUGCGAUGAAAAUGAAAGUACAGAAAGCUCAGAUGGAAGCUGAGAAAGCAAUAGAAGAGAACAAGAUUUCUGCUCUUCAGGAGAAACAUCGUCUGCAAAGUAGAAUCGACCAAUUAGAAUUCAAGUUGACAAAAACAACCGAAACGUUGGAGAAAAAUAAAAAACAACAGAAAAAAUGGAAACAAUCCAUCCAGGAAAAAGUUCGAAGCUUAAAUCGUAAAACUGAGCUUUUGGAGGCACAGAAGGAACAGCUUGAAAUAGAAACAAAAGCUGGAAAACACGGUGUAUCGAUGGAAGAACACAAUCGAACCCGACGUCGAAUACGUGAGUUAAAACGACGUCAUGAGGAGUUCCGCCGUGUGGUUGGUAUGUCGGACAAUCUACCCUUGAUGACGUCAACCAUGAAUCUACGUCAUGAUAUGACGGCCAUAAGCCCAAUUGGUUUAGCGGAUAUGACGAACGUGACGUUUAAGGAUCAAGGAUUACGUCAUCAGGAUGAAGUGGCGUUGCUAAGACAACGAUUGGAUGAGGUUGCCAAGCAACAACAACAACAGAUGGAAGCUCUCGAUAAUUACGUCACGAAGAGCGAUCAUGACGUUACAAAGGGACGGACAAUGCAACAAGGUGACGUCACAGAGGCGGCGAAAAACGAAUCCGUCAGAGGGAGCUAUGACUACGACGAAGAUUUUGAAGGAAGCGAGAAUUCAAAAAUUUCGACGUGAAUUUCAUAGAAAUAAUAUAUCGGGAGUAUUACGUCAUUCGUAUAGAUGAUUUUUAUGCUAGCUACGUCAUAAUCUUUUUAUUUAUUCCUUUUAAAUCGUCAUUUAUGCAGAAUUUUUAUAAAUAUGUUAAGCGUGCCAAACGUAUGUGACGUCACAACAGCACAAGUUUUGUAAUAAACGAAAUCUCGGGAAUUUUAAAA